AGAGGUUUCUUUCGGGCUUGCCCCAACACAUCGCGGCCUCAUGGCAUUCGCCUAUCCGAUACUGUGCUCUGGGGCGAUAAAAGGCGUACCUCGUCACACUAAUCUGCGGUUUGCGCGUCCCUAGCACUCCGAUGGCUGCAAACUGUAUCAAAAAUGCCCAGGAUUUCACGAGGAUCAUUAACAGCGGUCGAGUUGUGGUUAUAGAUUUCUAUGUCGACGGAAGCGGUAUGCUACAGUUCCCUGCCCAGCACUUCUCGAUGCUUGAAGAGACCUGGAAACGCAUUGGGGUGGACUUUUACUGGGUGAAUGUCGAUGAACUCGACGAGGUAGCCAUGGAAAUAGAUAUUAGAGUGGUUCCCACCUGCAUUGUGUUCAAGGAUGGAAAGAAGGUUGGAUAUGCAGGGGGCGUAGACGCAGGAAAUAUCCAUAAGCUUAUGGGAUCGCACGUUGGUGGCUGGAACGACUCGGGCCCGAGUCCUGUUGCCAGAACCGACUCGAUUAUCGAAUCUGCGUAGACCAAACAUAGGGAAAGGAGGGCUCCUUCGCCGAGUCUUUGGUUUGCUUAGGGAAGACGGCAGUUCCAUUCUGUCAAUGGACGUUUUCCAUAGAAAGGUUCUUAAACGUACUCACACCUGCCAGAUACCGACGAGGACAUUGAACACGAGGCUAAUUAGGUUUACAUUUCUACGUUACACUAUAUAGAGUUCCACGGUACAACUUCUAGAUUUUGAUCUAAGCAGUUCCUGCGGAUGACGUGCCGUGUGUGUACUAGGGUAGCAUGGAAUCUGACCAACCACAGUGGGAGAAUGGGUGACGGACGAGGAACGGGAAGCACUGCAAAACGUGUUGUAGUGACAUCCUGGGAAGCGAUCUGCCAUAUUCCGCAGGAGGCCAGGUCUUGUUGUGAUGGAGACAUGUGGGCUAGGCAGGUGUGGA